AUGGACUUAUUUACACAACUUCGUGCCACCCGAGUUGAACGCAAAUUUCCUUUUCCCUGCGGAGUGUAUUCGCUCCUGUCGCAUUACGCCGACCGCUCUUUGGCAACCCUGCUUUAUUGGGAUAAUGGGAUUCCAAGAGACAGCGGUUUGGAUUAUGCUGAGCCUGAGUACUCUUUGGUGACGCUGGCUGUACCGCGCCUUGCUAGCACGGCUGAUGGCCCCGUGUAA